AAUACCAAAACGAUGUUGGGCUUAGGUAUAUUAGUGAAGAGCACAUGUAAUAGUUUUCAACUGAUAGAGGUACAGAGAGGAGAGAGAGAGAUUCCAUGGCAACUUCAAAGGUAAAAGCGUUCUGGAAUCACCCAAGUGGCCUUUGAAGGUAAAAGCGUUCUGGAAUCAUCCUGCUGAUCCUAAAACAACGGUAAUUCCAUCCAUGUCUUCUAAAUAUUUAGCAAUAUAACAUAGCAUGCAUUGGAGUCGUCUUUUAUGAGUCACUAGCAAUCCUAGUUGAAAAGUGAUUCAAUAAGACACUACAAUUUUUGAGGAAGAAACGAACCUUCGAAAAAGACGAUGACGAGGAAGAAGAGUAAACCUAUUCUCCAUAAAGAACCAGAUACACCUAGCUGGUUUGACUUCAUCAAUGAUGAUUGUACAAAACUAGUCAUUCCGGUUGGGCCUCGUUUUCAGGCAGAGAUUCCAGAUUUAACUGGUCCACCUUUAGGUGCUCAAUUAAGAUGGUUGGGCACCAAAGAUUGGCCAAUCAAUGUCCGAAAAUCAGAAACAAGAGCCUGCAUAAUCGGGAAAGGGAGAACCGAUUUUUGCACUUGUACCAUGCCCGGAACUAUUGAAUGCGUCAAUCACCAUAUCUUGAACAAAAGGAAGCAGCUGCAGGCUGAUCUUGGCCCUGCAUUCCAGAAAUGGAGAUUUGAUGAGAUGGGGGAAGAUGUUUCAAAGCUAUGGAACAUGCAGGAGCAAAUGAAGUUUAUCAAUCUUGUGAAAACAAAUCCAAUCUCGCAAGGAAAAUGUUUUCUGAAGCAGGCUCCUGAAAGUUUUCCUUCAAGGAGCAGAAAAGCCAUUGUUGGUUACUACUUCAAUGUUUAUAUUCCUAGGAGGAUAAGUCUGCAGACCAGGUUGGGAUGUAAAACUAUUGAUACUGAUGAGGAUGAGGAUGAUGAUGAUGAGGCUACCAAAACCUCCUCAACUCUGAAAAGCUCGAAGAAAAGGUCAAAGGCUGAAAGAAUUUCAUCCAGAAACUCUAAAAAUGUCCAAACCAAGUACUUAACUGGACAUCGAUGAGCAUGCUUCGGUACACUACUGUAUCCUUCAAAUAGAUAGUCAUUGAAUGGCAAGCCAAAUGUUAGUUGAAGAUUCAUAUUUGACAGUUUUGCAUCAGAGUAAGGUUUGGCUUGCACUAAUGAAACAACCAUGUCCAGCUUUCUUAACGUCUUUGAAAGCUUUUACCAAUUUUUUUUUCAAGAAUUGUCAAUUAUGUGUCAAUUCUUAAAAUUUUAUUGGGAAUAUCAAUCCCAAAUAGUGAUGAAUACUAAAUUUAGAGGUGGACACUUGGAUUAAAGGUUAAUAAUGUUGGGGACCAUUUUUGCAUGUUGAUUGUAUCGGUGUCGAGUUGUGGGUGUAGGAUUUUGUCAGGCUAGUGCUUGCUCCCUA